AUGACCUACGACCCCAUCGCCUACUUCGGGCUCAACUGCCCCACGGGCGGCGAAAUCUACAUCUGCGAGUCAAGCGCAGUGCGCUUCAUCGGCUGCUGCGACACCGACCCGUGCGGCUCUCUGAACGGGACCUGUCCCUCCUCGGACCUACAUCCGGCCGGCUUCAACGGCACGCUGUGGUAUCAGAUCCCGGCGCAGGCCUGCGACGCCGCGGCGUUUGCGGGUCCGAACUGGUACACUUGCGCCACCGCGCCAACGUUCUUGGGAUGCUGCGUUUCGAACCCGUGUGCGGCGGGCAGCGUUUGUCCGGAGGCGGAUCUGGUUGCCGCUGCGCUUAGUAAAGACAAUGCGACGGCUGCUGCCUUGUUCGAGUCCUAUCCGUCUUCGGACUCGAGUUCUAGUUCGAGUACGGCGUCGACUUCGAUGUCUAGUACCGUAUCGCCUGCGUCGACUUCGAGUCUGCAGACGAGCAGCCAGACAUCGAGUCCAGCCCUGACUGCCGCUGGCGUCCAAGAACCAGCGUCAACGCCUAAAGGGAGCAGCGGUGUCUCGAUUGGAGGAGUUGUAGGCGGUGUCGUCGGGGGUGUGGUCGUCCUCGCCAUCAUUGCCUUUAUAUUCUUCAGACAUCGAAGGCAGCGCAAAGUUGACGCAAGCCGACCUACCCACACGGACCAGAUGACUCAGUCGCAGCCGCCAUGGAGUCCAUACCAAGAUACCUUCCAGAGCAGCCGACAAUCGUCUCACCCGGCUCUCCUCCCCUUCUUGACCUCAUCGACGCGCCACAAGACCAUAGCAGAGUCCAUCAUGAGCCCCUGGACCUCUAUCAGGAGCUCGAUCGCGAAGAGCCCUACGAGUCGCGCCUCGUCAGUCCAGCAGGACAUCGACUAUGACUGGGUGCGAGGGCAGCAGCAGCCGGGUCUUAACAUUAUAUCAGAGCUGGAUGGCACGCCUGGGGAGGGUGGGCAUAGGCUUGGGAGCCCGACUCCAGGGUCCGUAUAUCAUGAGGUGGAUGGCUCGCAGCUGGGGCCGAGGGGGGCUUAG